AUGGGGAAUCCGCGUGGCGGCCUCGACGAGCAGAUCGAGCAGCUCCUGCAGUGCAAGCCCCUCGUCGAGCCCGAGUUGAAAGCACUGUGUGAGAAAGCUAAAGAGAUUUUGAUGGAGGAGAGCAAUGUUCAGCCUGUGAGAAGCCCUGUCACGAUAUGUGGUGAUAUUCAUGGUCAGUUUCAUGAUCUUGCGGAACUAUUCAGAAUUGGUGGGAAGUGUCCUGAUACAAACUACCUAUUUAUGGGAGAUUAUGUGGACCGUGGUUACUAUUCUGUUGAAACUGUAUCGCUUCUGGUAGCUUUGAAAGUUCGUUAUCCGCAUCGUCUUACAAUUCUUAGAGGAAACCACGAGAGCCGGCAGAUCACUCAAGUUUAUGGAUUUUAUGAUGAGUGCCUACGGAAGUAUGGGAGUGCUAAUGUAUGGAAAACCUUCACGGAUCUUUUUGACUAUUUACCAUUGACAGCAUUGGUUGAGUCGGAAAUAUUUUGCCUGCAUGGUGGACUAUCACCAUCCAUCGAGACACUUGAUAAUGUCCGCGGCUUCGACCGCAUCCAAGAAGUCCCUCACGAGGGGCCAAUGUGUGACCUUCUAUGGUCUGAUCCUGAUGAUCGAUGUGGUUGGGGCAUUUCACCACGUGGUGCCGGAUACACAUUUGGCCAGGAUAUUUCAGAACAGUUUAACCAUACCAAUAGCCUUAAGCUAAUAGCAAGAGCUCAUCAGUUAGUUAUGGAGGGAUUCAACUGGGCACAUGAGCAAAAGGUUGUGACAAUAUUUAGUGCACCUAACUACUGUUACCGGUGCGGUAACAUGGCCUCGAUCUUGGAGGUGGAUGACUGCAGGGAGCAUACUUUCAUCCAGUUUGAGCCUGCCCCAAGGAGAGGCGAGCCUGACGUGACCCGAAGGACGCCAGACUAUUUCUUGUAA